AUGCAUUGGGUAUGGAAAGGAUGCCCUGUUUAUUGGGCCGGUCAAUAUAAGGGUCAUUAUCCUAAACCAACCGUUAUCCUUGAAGCUAACGCUUCUUAUGAUUGUUGGAUGUGGCACACUUUUUUUGGUCUUCCGGAUUCACAAAAUGAUAUUGAUGUUUUACACAAGUCGCCUCUGUUUGAAGAUCUGAAGUAUGGAAUUUGUCCCCAAGUCCGUUUCACAAUCAACGGCCACCAGUACACUCAUGGGUAUUAUCUUGCGGAUGGUAUCUACCCAAAAUGGUCCACCUUGGUUCAAUGCUAUCGUCAUCCUCCUGCCGGUGCGUUGGAGCGUUCAUACCGGUAUUUUAACACCGCCCAAAUGGCGGCGAGGAAGGAUGUGGAACGCGCUUUUGGAAUUUUGAAGAGGACGUUCGCUGUCAUUUGUGGCCCAUAUCGUGGGUUGAGUCCUCGUGAAAUGCACAAGACUAUGCUCACUUGCAUAAUUCUUCGUAACAUGGUUAUUCAGGAAACCUAUCGUGAUUCAGAAUGGAUUAACUAUGAAGAUGAAGAUCUGAGGCCAGAGAUUCAACCACAAAGAGGGGUCCCUGCAAGGAAUUAUGCUCAAAUGACUAAUUACAUUCAGAACCAGAAUUUGUAUGACAAUUGA